CCUUAUCCUCAGAAGAAGAACUGUAUGAUUUGACCAGGAGGAACAGCCGGAGUCACUGGGAGCCACUGAUUUGGUCUGCUGAGCCAUUAAAGCAUCAACAAUCGUUAUGAAUUAACUCACAUUCAGUGCCUUGGCUUUGGAGUUAUUGCAAAAGUUCAUUUCUUGCUUGUAUUUGACCACACUUUUUAUAUUUUUGUGUCUAUAUUGUGUACAGAUCCAGUUGAGAUGUGUUUCAAUGUGGUCAGGCAUGCAGUUGCAUUGAUAUUACAACGUAGAUGUGCUCACAUGCUUAUCAAAUCACCAAAUGUGGCUUGCGUAAUUGGCUCUCCAUCGGCCUCUGAUGUAUUCACUUGAGUUUUCGGCUGUUCACGUGUUUUCCGAUCACCCAGAAAGCAUUUUAGGAACCCAUUGUGAACAUGGAGACUAGAGCUGACACGAUUAAUCGAUUAGUCAAUCAACAGAUCAAUUCCAGCCUCUUAAUUGUGAGGAUUUGCUGCUUUUCUGUUGUAUGUCAUUGUAUCUUUUUGGAUUUUAAACUGUUCAGGACAAAAUAAGCAAUUUGAAGACGUCUUAUUGGGCAUUAUGACCAUAUACUAUAUAAAAACAAGCAUUUUUCACAAUUUCCACACAUUUUAAAGACCAAACUAUUAAUCCAUUAAUUGAGAAAAUAAUCGGCAGAUUAAUCGAAUAUGAAAAUAAGCUCUGAUGUGGUGAAAUAAUCGGAACUUAAACCCCAUAUAAUGAUACAGCAGACUGUUUUAAACUGUCACAUCAUCUAACAUUGACUGAAACACUGAUAUGAUGUUGUGUACGUAUUUCUAAGUUAAAGUGCUAAUUUUGUAUCUUUCACUUCUGUGUAUUUUUCAUACAGGGUUUAUUUUAUCACUCUUUCAAGAAAGCUGAAAUACGUUUCUGGCGUUUUCUGUCCAUAUUUUAAGCUGAUUGUGUAUGCACUGCUGUAGUGAAUCAUAAAAGUUGCGUUCCUCGUCAUUUUAACUUUGUUAGCAUUAGACAACUACAGCUCCCAUCAGUCCUAUCAAAACCUCUUCAGAGCUGUAACGUUUAGUUUUUGAAUGCUUAUACGGUAAACGUGUCUUUAUCUUGGUUAAAAUAAUUAUUUGUUCAGAUUAUAUUGACCUGUACGGAAGAAUACAUCGAUUUAACAGAAAAUAUGGACAGAAAACCUCAGUAUCAUGUUUGAGCUUUUUAGAAAGAGCAUUGAAAAGAAAGAAUAACUUUUUGGGGGGUGAACAGGUUGCUAGCUAGCCUCUGUACUGAUAACUGAAUCACACAUUGUCUGGUGUACUUUGUUUGGCCGUUUGAAUGUUGGUGAAAAUAAAAUUGUUUCAACGGUUAGUGUCGGCGGCCAUGACACUGGGAAUCCUUCGACGUCCUGUGUGACGCUGUGACGUUACCAACGGUCCUAAUGGGGCGGGGCUCGUAAACAGAGAAAUCUAAAUAAAGGAUCGUGCAGAAAUAUACUCCAAAGUAUCUGACUUUUUCUCGACAAGUAAACGGUAAAUCUCGUGUGAUGCCGAUUCGCCGAGCAGCAGCGACUCCAACCCAGGAGAAGGCCCCCUCCGCUGCAGCAGAGAAAGAGCCUGAAGCCUCCUCAGAGGAGUCGCCCUCUGCUGGCGAGGAGCAGGCUGCAUCUUCAGCUGCAACAGCCGAGGUCAAGGAGGCCGAGGCCACGGGCGAGACGGAGCCCACAGAGAAUGGGGACACGGCCGAAGGAGCCGCGGCGGAGAAGGGAGGAGAGGGAACGGAGAAGAAAGAUGACAAAUGCAAGGACUGCGCGGCUGGACAGUGCGCAACACACUGCUAUGUUCUCCUACUAAGGUUGAAGGAUGGCUACAAGUACGAGAAAGCCAAAGUCAAGAAAGUGAAAAGGACGAUUCCUGCGUGGGCUAGCGUCACUGCCAGCAAAAAGGUUCCUGUUACCAACUUUGCAGGCACUCAGAACAAAGUGGAUAAUAUCCUCAUCGAAGCUAUUACGUCUUGUAAUGACAGAUUUGGGGUAUCGUACCAGUCAGUCAUGAAAUAUAUUGUGAAAAAAUACCCGGGGAUGGAGCUUGACAAGAAGAAGUUUCUCAUCAAGAAAGCAAUGACGAAACAUUUGGAGAAGGGCACCAUCAAACGGCUGAAGGGUAAAGGGCUUUCAGGAACCUUCGCCAUUGGGAAGCAGUCCACCUUGUCUAAGAAAGCUGCUCAGAAGACUGAGUCUCUGGGAGAUGCUCUUCCUCUCAUCAUCACUCGGCUCUGUGAGCCCAAAGAGGCCUCCUACAAUCUGAUCAAGAAAUACCUGGAGCAGCACUUCCCCAGCCUCAACAUCGAGAACAGGCCGGACGUCCUGAAGGCAGCUCUGGUGAAAGCAGUAGAGAAAGGACAACUGGACCAAAUCACUGGGAAAGGAGCCAGAGGGACUUUCCAGCUGAAGCGAACCGGUAACCAGGUCCUGCUGAAGGGCGGUGCCUUGGAGGACGCCAUCACAGCCGCCAUUACAGCCAUGAAUGAACCUAAAACCUGCAGCACCACCACUCUACGCAGAUACCUAGUAGAUGCCAACAAGGAUAGAAAGGAGUACCAAUUAGUGGCCAAUCUGAGGAGGACCCUGACAAAGUGUAAAGUACUCGGCUGGAUGGAGCAGAUCACUGGCCAUGGCUUCACAGGGACCUACCAGCUCUCGUUCCCUUUCUACCCGAGUCCUACCAUCCUGUACCCAGACAAGUUCAAAGAGCUUCCGAAGAAAAACCCUCCACCAAAGCGGAGGCGGACGGCUGACACUUCUGACGAGGAAGAGUCAGAAGAAGAGGAAGAGUCUGAGGACGAAGCUCCCUCCCGUAAAAGGCAAUCUCAGAAGAGGCCUCCACCCAAGGCUCGCCGUCCUCCACCGACCAAGAAAUCUCGGAGCGCAAGUCAGUCAAAAGCUAAAGGCAGGGGACGCGCCCUCACAAAGAAGUCUCCAGCCAAGAAAGCGGUGUCUUCAGCCAAGAAGUCUGCAGGGACGCAGUCAGCCUCUAAGAAGGAACCCACGCCACCACCUAAAGCCACACCUGUCAAGAGAGGAGCUCCUGCAAGAAAGCCCAAAACACCAGCUGUUAAAAAGCUGACCAAAAGGGGGUCCAAGCGACCCGUGUCCAGAGAUUCAUCCCCUGAGGAGGCUGCAGUCACAAAGGAGACGACAAGGAGCGGGUCCAAGCGAUCUAAGCCCCAAGAGUCGUCCCAUGAGGAGCCUGCAGUUAAAAAGCCAGCGACCAAAAGUGGGUCCAGGCAGCCCGAGCAUGAAGAGUCAUCCCCUGAAGUCAAAAGGGGGGCAAAAAGCAACAAGCAGUCCACUCGUAAGUCCAAGAGAGGGAAAUACUGAGCCUAGGAGCGCCUUCCACAGACUGGGCCGCUCUGAAUAUGCAGCAGUCUGCCGCUUCGUUUCAGUGCUCUCUCUCUUUUUAUCAUUUUCACCCUUUUUAAUGGGGCAGUAGUUUUUUUUUUUUAUUAUUAUUAUUUCUUUUGUAGAAUAAGAACGUUAUCCUACCAGUUACGUUUACUGUACAUUGAGAGUUUCUGAAUUUCCUUUUUAAUCACCAUGUGUAGAAAAGCUCAGUUAGUGUUGCCGUUAAAACGGAUGUGUGACCAGCUGCCAGCUUGGGAAAGCAUAGCAACAUGCGACAUACUGUAACUAGAGCCAUGUAGUGACUUCCGUUUUUAUAUCUGUUCCUCAUCCAUUCUUUAGGUGUUGGCGGCACACGUUCCUAAUAUCAAAUGAAGUGAAAUAUCAGUGUUUUUAGAGGGUUUAAAAGAAUGUCCAUUUUAAGUUAAAAUAUGGAUUGAAAGUUUGAAUGGUUACUAAUGAUAUUAGUAUUUUAUAAAACACAGAUUUUAAGGUUAUUGUCCUGUAUUCUAGGAUAAAAGUACAGUAUUUUGUCCAUGCAGUACUGCAUCAGAAUCAGAAUUUUUAUCCAUAUUUGUCCUUUAUAUAAUUAUAUUAUUAAUUAUUAUUAUUAUUAACAAUGAUUUGAUAUUUGUUUAUUUAAAACAAAAAAUUGCCCCUAGAAAAGAUUAGGCCUGCAGGUGACAGGUUGAGGACUUAACAGAGGAUAAAACACUAUGUUAGUAUUCAUUACAAACAUUGGAGGAAAUGUCUUUUGUGUGUGUGUGUGUGUGUGUGUGUGUGUGUGUGUCUGUGUGUGUGUGUGUGUGUGUAAACAAGCAUAUACAUAAAUUGAUUUUAUUGCUUCACAGCUGUAAUUCACUACCAAACUGUAAGAAAUGUGUGUUGUGAAUAAGAAAAAGGAGGAUAAUAGCUCAUACAUACCCUGCAUGCAUGUAUUCCUUGUGUUGUUAAGCUUUUUUUUCCAAGUCAUUAAUAAAAUGGCUAUAUUUGUAAA